AAAUUGUUCCUUAUCGGGCUGUAAGUCUGUCUUAGAGGCAUGCAUGCUUUGGUUUUGUUUGGUUUUAUCUACUUCAUGCAUUAGAAGAUAAAAGUACAUGCUUCCUUCUGUUUUCCUCAUGUAAAUAUUGUGAUUAAUGGAGGUUUUAUUGCCCUAUAUCCCAUAACCUGAUUUUACACUUCUUGUUUGAUUUCAUUAGAGGGGGUAAAGGUUUGUGAGUGUUUCUAGAAUUGGAGUUUUGUGAAGAUUCCCUAGAUUGUGAAUUUAUGGAUGAGAUAAACAUAGGGUCCCCAUGUGGGGAUGGACCUCACAAAAUGUAAUUAUAGAAUUCUUAAAGGAAGCUUUAAAUUUGGUUUUUAUAAAUUGAAAUUUAUGACUUCUUCGAUGGAAGUUUCCGAAUUGGCUUCCUCUUCUCUCCGUGUUCUUGAUUUGGCUCUGUUGAAUAAAUUGCUGGCUCUUCUGAUUCUUUUUGAGCUGAUUGACUAAGGAACCCUGGAUUUCUCUCCAGGAAUCGUCUGGUCACUGUUUAUUUUGGCUGGUAAAUUGAAAAACUCACGGGGUUUUCCCUCUCCUGACCGCUUACUGUAAAUUUUACAGUUAUGAUCCCUUGUACAUUAUAAAAAGGAUUAAAUUAUUAUUUAUAAUUUUUUUUACCGUAAGUGUGGUAAUUAAAAUAAUUCAUUGAUCACUACUUUUUGGAACUGUAGCUCAUUUGAACUGCUGAAACAUGUCCCUGCCUCUUAUCACUUGGUGGUGGUUUUGAGUUAAUUUUAGGUGUAAGAAAUAUUUUGGAACACAGUCCUGCCUUGGUCCUUAAUUGUGAGCUUCUUUAUAGGACAUGUCUUUUCAAUUCUUUUUAUUUUUAGUGUUUCUUUAUGGCCUGUAUCAGAUUUUAAUUAACAUGGUUUGAGAAAAUGCUUGAAGCCAAUAUUUUAAUACAUUUACUUUCUCUUGCACAAAUGUGUAUCUGUGUUCCUUAAUUAUUAUUUUUUGUAUCCAAAGUUUCUUUUCUCUUUUCAAUUUAUAUAUUUUUUUAUAUUUCCUAGUUUCUCCUUUUUGAUAUUUUUAGAUUAGUAAAAUGUGAUUUAGUCAAUCCAGUUAUCAAUUGGGGAUUCUCAUUUCUUAGGUUAACUCAGUGGUUAUGCUGUUGAGUUUUGACUAGUUAAUAGGCUCCUGUUACAGUUAUCUUUACCCUACUAAUAUUUGACAUGGAUUUCAGUAGUUUACCUGUUUUUCUCAUGUGGUGGAACUUGUAUUGAGACCAUUGGCCCAUUGGCUGGUAAGGGCACCAAAUAAAGUUUGCCAUUUAGAAACACACUGGAAGCUGUUCAAACGCCCAUAAACUCAAAGUUCCGUAAUGAAACUGUUAGUGAAAAAUUCUGUUUGGGUUUGUUUAAAACAAUGAAUUCUUCUAAUCCCAUUCAUCCUUUGAUUUUGUCAUGCUGCUUUGUGCUAUUUAUUUUCGUCAAUGUUGUUUCCCAACUUGAUUUGUGAUUGUGCUCCAAAAUCUGAUUUCUGCUGCCUCUUAUGACAAAAAAUGGCACCAAAGCUUUAUUGGCUUCUCUAAGAUUGUUAAUUGACUACGGGUUGUUUGAAAUGACACUACUUUGUCUAUUAAGAUGUAGAUUAAUUCUCUAUAAUCGUUCUACCUUUGCAUUACUGACUAUUCAAACAGCUUUCCUUAUUGAACUUUAUGUCUAUUUUGCUUGGUGCUUUCGUUUCUUGCAUGUACCUGCAAAACAAUCGCUUAAGCUCUAUUUUUCAUACUUCCCUAUGGCAUAUUCAACUAACAUAUAGUGCAUUACAUAGUGUUGGUAAUGUUCAAAGUACUUCUAACAUUGUUAGCCUCUCCACUUUUUCUGGUAUCAUCUGUCAUCCAUGAUACAUAUGCCACCGGUAUUCCUGACACAUACAAAAUAUGGGUGCUGUCGUGCCUUGUGGCAUAGUUGCUUUCAGCAAUUUUUAUUUCUUCUUUCUCUUUAAUAAAUUCAGUUUGCUAGCGUUCAUGAGCUAGUGAAUACCUUGUUUUCCUUUGUUAGAAAAAUGUUUUUUUUUUCCUACUCUGUAAUGUCCCAAAAUUUAAAGUUUUCUAAAUAGGAAUCCAUUUCAUUUGUUUGAACCUUUCCUUGCUUUUGACACAGCAUCAGACCUUUUUUUGUUGGUUUCUUAAUGGGAGGAUUUUGAAGGAUUCUAGAGUUUUGACUUUCAAUGCAAUGGUAUGGGAAUUGAUGAAUAGUUGUUUCCCAAACUUAAUUUGAAAUUUUGGUGCCUAAGGCAUGUGAAUUUGUCUGCCCUCUAGGCUUUUCCUUCUGGUAACUUGUGAAAUUUGUAAUUUGUUUCUCUAGGAAUGUUACUAACUGUUGGCAAUAGAUAUUCAAAUUACAAUUAUGAAUACUGGAAAUUCCACAUGGUCGUGUGUCUUGAAAUCAUGAAAUAUUGCGAUUGAAAUAGAAGAUUCUUCAUCCCACAAACAUUGGAAAAGGUCCACGAUCUGCAUUCUGUCUUGUUGAAAUAGAAGAUUCUUCAUCCCAUAAACAUUGCAAUUGAAAUAGAAGAUUCUUCAUCCCAUAAACAUGGUAAAAGGUCCACAAUCUGCAUUGGAUGAAAAGCUAGGAGAAAAUCAUAUGCAUUCCCAAGUCUUGGUUAACUUCCGACGUAAUGGUAGUGGCAUAAAAGCAAUACAGAGUGGAAAGUACUUGGAGGUGUUUUCACUAUGAAAUAUGAGAAUCUUCUUCUCAAUGGAGACGUAAGUUGAGAUUUUUGCUAAUAUCAAAGACUUGUGUAAUGGAAUUCGAAGCCUUGACUUUUUGUGGUGUUUGCCUUUUCCUCUGUGUGUGUGACGUUUAUUGUAUUUCUUGUGCUAAUGUUCAUCAUUAGUGGAUAAGAUAAAAUGGCUUAGAGGAAGUCAUAGUCCUACAUGAACGACUCAUAUUCACUUGUAAUGAUUCUCUGAGUUUGUCAUGUUGUAAAUGUACACUAGUUUAUAUAGCUUUCUAAAUUAGCUGAUGUGUUCAUAAAACCAUUGUUUAGGAAAAUUUGUAAUAAAAGACUAACAAUUUAGAACAUAAUUAUUAGUGCCAAUCAUUUAGAGACCUGUUCUAGAGUGUUACCUCCCAGUUGUAUAAAAAUUGAUGCUCUCAUUUUUAAAAACCAUAAAAAUGAAUGUUUGCUCCAACAAUGAACACAAAGUUUCCAUAUGGUGCCCUAAACUGAUCCAAAUGAAUGACCGCUCCAAUGGUGAACAAAUACCAAAUGGAUAUUAGAUCUAGGUUUUUAAGAGCUCAAACCAUUUUCCAGAUUAUCAAUUGUUUAUCUUUUAAUUACAAAAUAUUUUACAAACUUUCAGAUAGGGUGUUUACCUGUUGGAGAAAGUCUGCAAUUUACCACUGCUGUAGUGCGCCUAUGCACAUGGAACUUCCCUUCGGAAACCACGAAGAAAUUUGUAGCGAAUCUUUUAAGAAAUCCCAUGUAAUUGACCAAAAUUAUUCUCUCCAUUUAGCUGCAUUACUGUUAUCUAACCUCCCAGUGCUUCUAAUACCACUUUUAACCAAUCCAAAGCUCGAUUAUACCAAAGAACAGGAGGUGUGCUAUAGUGGAAUUUGCAGUUGAAGUCUCCUUCAGCUACUUUCUAGUCUCUUGAUCCUUAUUAUAAAUUCCUCUUAAGUUUCCAUUAAUUCAAUGGUUUUAUUAAUGGAUAUCUGCUAUUUGCUUGAGUCGACAUAACUUAUUACUACUAGAUUUUUCGAAACAUUAACUUUGUGCAACUUGAAAUUUUGCAGGGAUUUGGUACUUAAAAUUAAUGGAGACUUAUGUUAACCUAGCCUUUUCUUUUUGCUUAGUUUUUUUUCUCUGUUUUGUUGGUUGAAUUCUCCUUUUGAAGUUUCUAUGGUUUCUUUUAAAAAUAAAUAUUGACUCGAUACAGUUCCUUCUGUGAGCCCGAGUUCUCUCAUUUAGUGUUAAAAUUGGGUAUAAGUUCACGAGGUAGAAUCAUUUUCUUCAUUAAGGUUUAGACUUAGGGACACAAAGCUAGAUUACCCUCUUGUAACCUCUAAUUGUUAUGAGUGGUAUCCUGUCCUGUGGUUUGCUUGUUUUAUAAUUUUUCAGUAUUGCGACUUGCAAGCCAUAUAUAGCAGACAAUAUAUGCGUAUUUUCUUUAUUUUUGAGUUGCUACAGGUCCUGUUUCGAUCGAUUCCCUCAGCUUGUGUGUGUUUCUGUGUGUGUGUAUGAGAGAGAGAGAGAGAGAUUUGGUCUGGCGUGCAGCAUACUAUUCGAGAGAUUUGGGGUGGCAUGCAACAGUAGACUAGGUAUUGUUUAUUAGGCACCCUUCAACAAGUAGCUUGAACUUUGAAACUGGCCUACGGAGUCCUGAAUUUGUGCUAAAAAUUGACUGAAAUUUAUACAGAAACUGAAAUAUUUCGAAUUUUAAAGAAUAUAAUAGCCCUAAUGACAGUUGAAAACACAAUCAUGAUUGUAACGUCCCUCGUGACCAUGGAAAUUCCAUUGUCAUGACUACUAUGGUAUUACUUUCUUGGGGAAAUGCAUGAUAUGUAUGACUGUUAUGUAUGUUGUGGUGUAUGGUACAACCCUAGGACACUCACCGUCUCAUUCCAAUGACUGAUGGUUGAGAUGAACUUCUGACGGCAGAAAUCCCCCUUGGGUACAACUAAUCUCCACCUUCCACACUGCGAAUCGACUGCAAUGCCCCCGAGGUGUACCAUAUAUCAGAUAUCAUAGAACAGAGUCAUCUUCAUUGCUAAGAGAAGAUAGAGCCAAAUCCAACAACAAAGGAGCCUCACAUGCCAAAUCUUUCCACAGAGCAAAAGGAAAAGAACCCAUUCCAAAUUCUUCCUCCAUGGCUCAAACCCACCUCUCCUUAUCACUCCCCCUUCUUCUAAUCUCCAUAUUCUUCCCAACCUCUAAUUCACAGGCCUACAAUUCCAAUGUUUGCUCCUUAAAUUUUACAGUUUCCACUUUUGGAAAUUCUCCAAAUUGUGAAGGUGGAAAUUGGGAUGGUUUCUUGCCCAACAAUUGUUGUUCAGGGCCAUUAGAAGAUUAUCUCUUUGCCUUGGCUUUGAAAUCAAACCAAACUAGUGGUAGAAUAUUUCCUCAUCCAAGAGAGGAGAGAGCAUGCCUCAACCUUCUGAAGGAUUUGACUGGCAUAGAAGCGGCGAAUUGUGGGCUCCAAAGAUUGGCAUGGGGUGAUGACAAUUGCUCUGGUUUUACAGUUGAAGAUGUUUGGAAGAAUCUUGGAGCUCAGUUAGGCUCCUUGAGAGAGAAUUGCAAGUUGACGAGAGAGAAUAAGCUUUGCCCACUGUGCUUAAAGAGUUGGGAUCAGAUAGGGGAAUUGGUUUCUAUUGAUGUGGGGUUGGUUAAUAGUAGCAGUCAUGUUUGCAAGUUUGCAGUUCUGGUUUCAAUGGUAAGCACUAAAAUUGAGGACUCUGAAUGGAUCUCGGGAGUUUUUGAAUGCCUCUCUCAACAAAGUGAUGUUCGAGUGGAAGUGAAAAGUAAGGACACAAAGGAGGACAAGGCAUACAAAGGGGUGUUAACAGCGAUGGGGAUCCUUAUAGGGAUAUCAGUGGCAAUUCUCUUCAUGGGAUACGUCUAUCUCAAAAGAAAGAGGAUACAGAGUACCCAUAAAGAAACAGAAGCUUUGGAAGAACUACCGCCUAAGGUGUCUACAUGUAAAAAACUCUCAGUGAAAGAGGUAUAUGCAGCAACAAAUGAUCUCAGUGAUCUGAACUUCAUUGGUCAAGGGAGUGCUGUGUUUGAAAUGCUAGGAAAGGUGUACAAAGGUGUCCUCAUGAAUGGCACAAGAGUUGCAGUGAAGCACAUUUUUAAGGAAGGACAGGGAGAAACCUUCGUGAGAGAAGUUACAAGUCUCUCGCAUGUUAGGAACCCGAAUCUUGUCGCUCUUUUGGGCUAUUGUGAGGAAGAGGAAGAGUUCUUCCUCGUCUAUGAGCUUUGUUGUAAUGGAAGUCUCUCAGAGUGGCUCUUUGGCAAGGACAGAGUAUUGUCAUGGACACAGAGGCUGGAGAUAGCAAUAGAUAGUGCUAGAGGGCUUUGGUUCCUCCAUACAUAUCCAGAAGGAUGCAUUGUCCACCGCGAUGUUAAGCCUGCCAACAUCCUCCUAGGAGAUGAUUUUGAAGCCAAAGUCUCGGACUUUGGUCUUUCCAAAUUGAUAGACAUUGGGCGAUCACAUGUGAGCUCUGAAGUGAGAGGAACACUGGGUUAUGUGGACCCUGAAUAUCAGAGAAACCACCAAGUCAAAGCUUCAGGUGAUGUGUAUAGCUUUGGGGUCAUGCUUCUCCAAAUCCUUUCAGGGAAGAGAGCAAUCAACCUGAAAUUGAGAAGACCAAUGCCUUUAGAGAGAAUGGCUAAGGAGCUUACUAAAGGAGGCAACAUAUCAGAGUUUGCAGAUCCAAAAAUGAAGGGGAAUUAUUCAGCAGAGGCCUUUGAUCUCACGUUAAAGAUUGCACUCUCGUGCACAGGGUAUAAGGUUCAGAGGCCAUCAAUGGAGGAGGUGGUGGUGGGAUUGGAGAAGGCAUGGUAUAUAUCAACGGCAGGGACCCAAGAUCCUCCUCCUCAUGAAUUCUCCUAUUCUUGAACCCAUAAUACAAGAACCAAUUAAUGUAUGCAUAUAUGAAAUGUAUCUGAAAUUUAGUGUUGUUGCUACAGAAUAAAUUGUCUUCAAAGAAACAAAGAGAUUCA